AUGAAGCAAAUUCUGGCAGAAGUGGCAAGAGAGUCUGUUGUAGAACAGACUGACGAAGAAGCUCGUCUGGAAGCUCAGCGACGCUACGCGAAGAAGAAGAACACUGGCAGACCAAAGAAUCUGCCUGGAGCUCCUUCUAAGAAGCGCUCUGCAGAGAUGCCUCUGGCAGUGCAAGCCCGUGUUCUGAAGCAGAUGAAGACAGAGAUGCCUGGCUCUAGUUCUGAGCAGGACUUCGCUGCAAGCAUGAGCCAGAAACUUGGUCUGGACAAGAAGUACGUGAAGAAGCUCUGGGCUAGAAGAGAAAACGUUCUCUUGCAACAGUCUGAGCGGAACUUUUCUGUGCUCCCUGGCAAGCACCUCUCUGCCAGGUCUGGUAAGGGCCGUGCGAAGGUUACUGCCAGAAAAAGUGGGCAAGGCUUCCGUCUGACAGGAGCUGGCCGCAAGACAGAGUUUUCUGCCGUGAAGACCGCUCUGCGGAACUGGUUCGAGGAGUCUCGUGCCUACGGGCACUCUGUGAAGAAGCGGCAUCUGCUGUCGCAGUGGCAGCUUCUGGUGAGCAAGGAGCUUCUGAAGCUCAAGUCUGCGAAGAGUGCCUCUGCAGACUCCUUCGAGCGGGGUCGUCUGGAUCAAAAGAUCUCUGAAGGCGAGAAGCAGCUGCAGUCUGCUGCGAAAGAUUCUGGCAAGAACCGUCUGAGGCAGCUGUUGCUGGAUGUCGGUGCCAAGAAUCUGCAGCCGGAUCUGAAGACGAAGCUGUCUGAGUCUGAGGAGAUGGUCUCUGCGAAGCUCACUUACCAGAGUCUGGACCGCACUCUGUGGACAGCCUGCUUCGCACCUCUGGAGGAUCUGGCGACCAGGGUUGCCAAGCCCUCUGAGUUCAGAGAGCAUGUCUCUGAUUUGGUCGUGAUCUGCUCCGACCAAAUCCCUCUGUGGAUAAAGUCUGGCAGCGAGCGAGAGCUCUUUGCUGAGUGGGAGCACAACCCUCUGCCCCAGCAGCAUCUGCGAGAGGCUCUGAAGAAUCACCAUCUGUCCUCCUCUGACCAGGUGAAGUCUGGCGAUCUGGUGGCACCUCUGCUGCAGGCUCUGAAGCCGUCUGCUGAAGCUGCCCGUGCCUCUGGUCAGAGGCAGAAGAGGGCCUUUCUGGACGCGGACUCUGUGCGCUACCGUGUCACCUACGAGGCCAGGCAAGCUCUGUACGGCCUCUGCAAAGACUUUGCUCUGGAGGGCGAGUCUGGUUUGAGCGGGCAAGUUCUGCCUGGUCUUCUGGUGGUGCACGGCUCUCACGCUCGUCUGAACAACAUCGACAGCUCUGGUCGAUUUCUGCGAGACGAGACGUUUGAGUUCUCUGGCAAGGUGAUCUGCCGCAAAGCAGGCUCUUCUGCUGGCAAUCUGCUCCGUGGCUGGAGGCAGGCUCGGGACAAGGAUCCUUCUCUGUUUCGCCAGAUCAGUCUGAUGAGCCAGCCCUCUGCGAAUGUGGAUGGCAUCAUCUUCGCCUGGGCUCAGGAGGAGCUGGCUGCUCUGGCACCUGCCUCUGUCCAUGUCCGCGACUGCUUCGCGGCGGCCUGGUCUGUCUCUGGGGCAGAGUCUCUCUUCUACUCGCAGAGUCUGCAGACGGUCAUUGGACCGAAACUGACUGCGAGUCUGCAACUGACUGACACAGACUAUGCCAGAUCUUUCAAAAGUCUGGCAAGGUCUGCCAUGGACGACCUGAGGCAUGCCGGUCAGACUGCUCUGCUGGCAGCUGGCGAGAAGGAGUUCUGGCGAGCGAGCCAUCUGGACAUGGCGACGGCUGUGGUGCAAGCUCAGACGAAGAUGUCUGAGAGACAGGCCUCCAAAGACUGGAUCGUGUCUGGUCUUCGCCGCAACGGUCUGCUGGCUUACAGACCGGACUUCUCCAAGCAGACUCUGGUGCCUCUGAAAGACGAAGACUGCUGCGGCGCCUCCAUGGGUUCUGCAAGGACGAAGCCAGCCUGGCUGAAGGAUCGCUACUCCUGGCUGGAUGCAUCUGGCAUUCCAGCCCAGCCGGACUGGUCUGCUCUGCACGGAGCCAAAGUCGUGGCGGAUCUGGUGGAAUGGAGCUACCACCAGUCGGACUCGCAGGACGAGGCUCUGGAAAGCCAGGUCUCCGAGGCCCUUCUGAACGUGCACGAGAUGCCACUGGAUCUGCAGCUCCCCUGCAUCGAAUCUGGCGUCGUGACACUUUCUCUGGACCUGCAACGUGCAGCCUGGCAGAAGCAGCUCUCUGCGGACAAAGACACUCUGCAGAAGAAAGUUGAAUGGCCACGCCAAGUCCAGCUGGAGACGCGGAUUUGCCUGUGUCCCCUGGUCACGGUGGUCAAGGAGGAGAUACACCAAGUGAUACGCCAAUGGCGUACAGGAAGUACCAGAAGUUACGACUCUGCAGCUAAGCUGGUGAAGAGUCCGGAUGUGUUCGCUCCAAAGAAUUUGGAGGAGGAAGUUUCACAGUGGCCAGAUUGGAGUUUCAGUUUCAAAGUGUUUGUGGGAUUCAUUGAUCCCACUUAUGCAGAAGAGUUGAAGAAAGUGGAGCUGGCACCACCAAAUCCAGCAGAUUAUACAGUUGGUGAAAGAGAGCGAAGUACAAAGCUGUAUGCGAUUUUGGCCUCGCAGAUCACAGCUGAAGCAGCGCGCCAAGCAAGAAGAGUAGAGAUGACACAAGAGUGGAACGAUGAGGAUGAAGAGCUCAACUUUGUGAGAUUGUGUCAGGAGUUUGAAGGUUUGGUUCAAGGAGAGCUGAGAAGAGUUGAGGAGUUUGAUAUCUCUUCGAGCGAUGAAGUGGAAGAGAUCGAGGAAGAACCGACUGAUGGUUUGAUGGAGUGGUACCAAGGAUGGUGGUUCUUGGAAACAGAAGUUGAAAGAAGUGUGAGAAUGGUUUCUGAAGGAGAUGAUGUGAGAAGAACAGCAAGAGAAGUGGAUGCAUGUGAGGUAGUGCUCGACAGUGGAGCUGACUGCCAUGUGUUGCCUAUGGAUUGGGCAGAAGAAGUCGGAGAAACUUCGAACUUUGAGUAUCAUCUGAAAGAUGCGCAAGGGAAAGUGAUCCCAACGCUGCCUGUGAGGCAGAAUGUGACGUUUGUUUUCACGAAGGAGUCUGGAAAGAAGUUGAAGAUCACCGACAGUGCUGUUUGCGGCAAUGUCACCCAACCUUUGUUUGCGGUAGGAAAGAUGUGGAAGCUAGGUUGGGGUACGGUGAAUGAAGAUGGAAGAUUGUGGUUGAAGAAAGGAAGUGUUCGAAUACCGAUAUACUUCAAAAGGCUGGAGCGAGAACUGAAGAAUGAGUUGAAGAGCAAAGAAGAUGAAGAUGGUUGGUUUGUGCUAAACGACGGCACGCCUGCAAGGUUUGAUUGGUUUAUGGGGAAGACGUUUGACCCAACGGGAAAGAUGAAAAGAAGUGGAGAAAGAGUGUUGAAUGAAGUGGAUUGGAAGAGUAUGGAUUUCUUUGAGUGUACGGAAAUUUGGAAGGCAUAUCAGCCGGAGCUUUUGCAACUUUCGGUUGGAGCUCCAUGGGAUCAUCAGCUGAAGGCUUUGAGGUUUAAGAAGAAGAGAAUUGUGCCUAUUGAUGAUGGGCCAGGACUGCCAAGAUUGGCGGUGGAAGCUGACAAAAGAGUAGAAGAAGAAAAGAGAAGCGAGCCUUCGCCGCCGAGCGACCGCCAAGGAAGCUCAAGUUCUUCUAGCAAGAGUUCGUCGCUAUCUGGAGCAACGCCAGAAGCAAUGGACGACGAGAGCGAUGACGAUGACGAUGAUCCAGGAGAGGUGAGAACAAAGAGAAAAGCAGAAGAUGAAUUGGUGCCCGAUGAAAUGACGUUGGAAGAGUUUCAAAGAGAAGUUGCAAAGAGGAAUGCAGAAGAAGAAGGAGAAGGGUCACCAAAGAAAGAACCAAGAGUAGACGAAGGAACUGGAGAGGUAGAAGAAAGAGUUGAAAAGGUGCCGAGACUUGGAGACGAAGCACGAGGAAGCGCGGCACGAGUGGAAUACCACAUUCGGAGAUUCGCCAAGAGCGAAGAUCCCGAAGAGCAUGGAGAUGAGUAUGUUGAUCUCGACGAGACACAGUUGUUUCUGGAAGAAAGUCGAGAGUUCCAGAGCAAGUGGAACGAGAAGGUGUGUGAGACAGAAGAGGACCUAACGGUUACUUGGUCUCACGAGUAUGAUGAUGGGCCACCAAAGUUGGAAGAUGAAGAUUUGGCAAAGGUGAAGAAAGCUGUCAAGCGAGACGUGAAGCAGAUGAUCACUCUGGCCAAGCGGAAGCUUCGAGGAAAGCUUCUGGAAGCCAUGAGGCAUCGUCUGACACAGAUGUCCCGACAGCAAGCUUUGCAACGUCUGGUGCCGAGAGCCUCUGAGAAGAAGCCCUCUGUCGUGAAGAAGGCCGUUUUGAAGCAGAAGAAAAAGACGGCCCUGGCCCACGCUGCGAAGGCUCUGGCGAAGGCCAAGGCUCUGGACGACAAGCCCUCCGGCGACUCUGCUUUGGUGCCUGGCCCUGCUCCUGCUGACCCCGUCUCUGAGAAGGCCUCUGAGCUGAAGGAGGCAACGAAGGGCCCUCUCUACGGCCGAGUCUGCAGGAUUCUGCGAGAGGACCACACCUGUGGCAAGUCUGGCAAGUGCUCUAUGCACAACCUUCUGACGAACCAGGUGUCUCUGCUUGGUGUAGGGGAUGCCUGUGCCACCGUGAUCCUCUCUGACAAGGAGGUCUGCGAGGUGGAUCCACUCUGGCAGACUGCGAAGAAGUGGAAGAACAUGCGCCUGAAGAGGGAUCUGAAGCAAAGCAUUUUGCGAGCUUGCGGUGGCUCUAGCCUCUUUUUGGAGGCUUCUGGUGGGUUCUUUGCUGCGGAGCCUGUGGAACUGCUGAAGUUCAAGAAGUCUUACCCGCAGAUGCUUCUGGACCAGCAUCUUCGGUACGGCUGGGAACUUCUGCGGUACAAUCUGAGCGACUCCGACGAGAACUGGUUCCUGGAGAACAAGAUCUGCAUGGUGGACCCGAAGCUCUCUGGGCAGCUCCUCGGCGAACACGACCGCCCCGAGCUUCUGCGGGCUGCUCUGGACAGACUUCGUUCUGAGAACAAGCUGCUGUUCGUGCCUGUCUGGGGGAACUCUCGGAACCACUGGACUCUUCUGGUCCUGCAGCGAGAAGAGCUCUCAGAAAACUUCUCUGUGAAGUACCUGGACAGCCUGUCUGAGAAGCACGAGGAGUGCUCUGUGAACGCUGCCCGGCUUCUGUCUCUGCUUCUGCGGACAGAGACUCUGCCAGAGAGAAGCUGCUCUGGCACCCAGAAGUCUGACGAGUGCGGCUUCUGGGUUCUGGCCAACAUGCUCUGGAUCUGCUCGGGCCUGCUUCUGGAAGGACCCUGUGCUCGUGGGUCUCGCGGCAAGCUGGUUCUGGAGCUCAUGUCUGAGCUGAAAGGGUUUCUGGCUCAGCUGUCUGGGGAGCAGGCGAAGCUGGAGAAGGAGCUUCUGGGCAAAGAGAAGGAUCUGGAGAAGACUCUGAAGGCCAACCGGAUCCGGUCUGAGAAGCUGGCUGCGAAAUCUGGCAAGGACGCUGCCUCUGUCCUCAAGCUUGAGACUCUGGCGAAGCAGCUGCUCUCUCUGAACAAGGAGCCUGACGCCUCUGAUCUGUCUGAGGAGGACAAGUCUCGGAUCGAGUCUGUCCGUCUGACAGGUCUGGGCGUCUGUUCAAGAUGCCACUGGCAAAGUGGUUGUCUGGACUGUGACCCUGUCAAGCUGCAGCGGUAUCUGCUGAACAGACUGCGUCUGGAGCUGGGUCUGCCACCUAAGGCAGCCUGA